ACUUUCGAAGUGAUACCACGUUACUUGAGCUCGCGAAGUUGUGAAAUUAUUGUGACAUAGUUACGACUGUUGAUCCCGCCGGCACGCGACUUGGAUUGCAUAAUAUAUUGUGAAGUGUUGGAUGAAAAAGUGACAAUUACACACAAAUCGUGGAAAGUGUCUAAAAAAAAUAGUGACAAUUAUAACCUGAAGAGCAUCAACAUAUCAAACAAGAUGUACAAGGAUUCUGUAGUGCCUGUGAAAAUGGAGACGUUCAGUGGAGUGGUGGCUAAAUGCCCCGUAGGCCAUUGCCUAAAAACUGUGCUGCGUCGAGCAUGCGUUGAAAAGAGGCUGACUAUCGGCCUUCUUCCAGCCAUCCAGUAUCUAUCGAAGAAUAGUGAUGGAGCCCUUUUUUGUGUGACAGCAGAGGCGCCACCUGGCGACAGUGCAACACACAUGCAAGAAGUCCUCUUGCAGGCAUUCUGCACUGAAAACAACAUUUAUGUCAUUAAGGUCGACUCGCAAAACAAAAUGAAGAGUUUGAUCGGAGAUCGUUGCUCAUCGUCCGAUUACAGUUGUGUCCUGGUACAUUAUCCAUAUACUGACCCAUUUUUGGAUAGCCAAGAAAUCGACUUAUCAAUUCUAUCAGAAGCUGAAAGAGAUUUGAUUGAACACUGCGAACUAAACUGGCAUUACCCUCAACCACCAGUCGUCAAGUUGCCAGAAAAGUGAAAAAUUAUAUGAACAAUAAUUAUUGAGCGUUUAAAUUUUGCCAUUGCAUUUCGCAGUGCUAGAAGCACCGAUUUUCGGAACGGCUUUGGCGUACAACGCCAUCUAGUGUUCAUUAUAUUAAGCCCUCGAGGGCUAUUAUGGACAUGUUGUGAAAUUGUGUUUUUAUGUAGAGGUUUUUAUAAUGUUACUAUGAAAGUUGUUUGUUGUGAAAUACAACGGUAUUCUUAACGAAUUUUGAUAAAUUGUUGAUACUUGUACUUAGUCUAUAAAUCUACUUUGUCAGACGGCCAAAAUGAGAAGCUGUUUUUACGAUUCUGAUCUGUAAUUUCGAAGUAGAUACAAAUUAUAUACAAUUUGUAAAACAGUCCUCGUUCAAACUUAAAUUUCAAGGUGUAGAUAAUGUAUAGAUUUUGCUCAGUAGACGUUUUAACCUCUGUAAGACUUGUAAAAACCUCUUGAUCGAUUGAUUUGUAUAAUUAUGGAGAAGCGCGGGAGAUUUGACUAAGAUUUUUUACCGUUUUUAAAAUGUAAAGAUAGAGAAAUAGUAAAAUUUAUUAUAAUAAAUAUUUUUUAUUGUAAA